AUGGGGAAGCAAUUUAAUAAGAAGAUCACCUGGGUGAUUAACAAUUUCUCUUCCUUGAAAUCUGAGAAAAUCUAUUCUGAUGAUUUCUUCGUCGAUGGCUGUAAAUGGCAUCUUGUUGCCUAUCCCAAGGGAAAUAAUGUUGAUUACUUGUCUCUAUAUCUGGAAGUUGCCAAUCAUGGAUCAUUGCCUAUUGGAUGGAGGAGACACGCAAAGUGGUCUUUUACUAUGGUAAAUCAACGUUUGGAAAAACUCUCCCGACGCUAUGAAUUAAAACAGUGGUUUGAACAAAACGCUACUAACUGGGGUCGUCCAUCCUUGUUUCCCCUGAAUGAACUUCAUGCCAAAGAUAGCGGAUUUCUGGUAAAUGGGGAACUCAAAAUCGCCGUUGAAAUAGAUGUUCUUGAAGUUAUCGGCAAAUUAGUUGUAGCAGAAGAAACUUCAACAAUAACAGAAAUUAUAGAUGCUAAUGGGUUUCAACUUCUUCCUUCACAGGCAAAAUCUGUGAGCCUUGUGUUUGAAAGACACCCAGAGAUCGCAACUGAAUUUCGUCCAAAGAACCAAAAUCUUAAGACAGCCUACAUGAGUUUUCUUCUAAGUCUGAUUGAGUCUAUGUGCCACUCACCUCAUGAACUCUCCAAAGAUGAUUUUUAUGAUGCUUAUGCUGCACUGGGAUUCAUGAGAGAUGCUGGAUUUAAGUUGGAUUGGUUGGAGAAGAAGCUUGUUGAGGUUUCAGAGAAGAAGGAGAAUGAGGAAGUUUGUGAGACUGGGCUGCAAGAAAUGGAGGAAGAGUUGAAGGGCUUGAAGCAGAAGUGUGCAGACAUGGAAACUCUGGUAAAGAAGGAGAAGGAGAGGGUCUCGGCUGCAAAAGCUCCUCGCUCGUUCGCUGAUGUUGUUUAA